AUGAUAGAUGCAGAUUACUUUGAGCCGCGUUCGGUGACUGAACACAGCUUACCUGAUGAUUACAAGGGGCUGGAGAAGUCCAGCCUCGACGAGUCGGACGCUACAGCUGUUGAAACUUACCCAGACAUCGAAAUUAAUCUUUCCGAGUUGAGCUACAGCAACAAGUUUACUAAACGAGGCUAUUUCGUCAUUUUCAAUUAUCAGCACUAUUCGGAAAAAAGCAAAUAUUACGGAAAGCCAAGACGAGGAAGCGAACGGGAUGUCCAGAGAUUGAAGCAAAUCAUGACGGAGUUGGGAUUUCUGGUCAAAGUAUAUGACGAUUUGACAAUGAGAGAAACCGUCAUCAAACUCAAAAGAUAUGGCGAGGGAGACAUGGAAGAGUACCAAAUGUUCGGGUGUGCCAUUCUAGCGCAUGGAGAAGCCAAUGGAGAGAUUUUCUGCCACAGCGGCAGCAUGAAUAUUCGUGGGUUCGUCAAUCCAAUUCGAAAAAACAGAACCCUUGUUGGCAAACCAAAACUGUUCUUUGUCCAAGCUUGCCGAGGACAUGACUACAUGGAGGGCUGGAGGGGUCGAGCUGGAGCUCAAAUUCAACAUGUCGAGGAGGAGCCCAAGCCCUUUCGUACUCCAAGAACUUGGCCGAUUGAUGCCGAUGUUCUAGUGCAUUACGCUACAACAGAGGGUCAUCUUUCAUGGAGAAGUCCUACAAAAGGAAGCUGGUUCAUUUCUACACUUUGCGAUUGCCUCAGAUGGACCUAUUCUGAAGAAUUUCAUCAAACGCUGAUACGAGUGAAUGCUUCAGUCGCACAAGACUUUGUCUCGAUAACUUCCAAUGUGCAAUCAGACAAAAAGAAGGAAAUGCCGCAAAUACAGUCACAACUCACAAAGCUUCUGUACUUUAAACCCCUUGACGAUCUUGAAUAA